CGUGCUACGAGCAUACUGGGGGGGUGAUGCGCUAGCAAUAAGGACCCCUCUAAGGAGCGUCAUUUUCUCCACUACCCUUGGGGCAAAAUUCCUUUGUCUGUGCCCGGCAUCCUGCGUGGGAGCUCGGGAAGCGUAGUUUGGAGGGAGGAGGAGGGAGGCAAGGGCUUGCGGGGCAUACACAAACACGUUUUUAACAACAAAAGAGAGCGUCCCGAGCACGUCCCCGGCCCCGCUCCGCUCCCACCGGGGCUCCCACCCCCCCGGCAUCAGCCAUGUGUCUGCUCGAGUGCGAUUAACACCGACUCGCCAAAUCCCCCUCCCCCAUUUGGGGCCAUUUGGGGCUCGCACGCGCCCGCGCCCCGUGUUGACACCGCGGCGCCUUCGCGCGGAGCCUUUUUGUUGGUGGCUCUGGCAAAUGAGCCGGGGGAGGUGGACUAUAAAACCCUCCGGGGCGGGCAGGACCCGGCGAGCGGCGAGGAUGGAGGGAGGAGGGAUGGGGUGCGGCUGCCUCCGCCCGCCCUCGGCGGCGCUGCCCCCGCAGGGAUGCUCGACCCUCUCCGCCUCCUCCCGGUGCGGGGAUGCUCUCACGGCGCUGCCCCCGCAGAGAUGUUCGACCCUCUCCUCCUCCUCCCGGUGCGGGGAUGCUCUCACGGCGCUGCCCCCGCAGGGAUGCUCGACCCUCUCCGCCUCCUCCCGGUGCGGGGAUGCUCUCACGGCUCUGCCCUUCUGGAGGCCCUGGGUGGGCGAGGAGGGCAGGCGGAGCGGCCCCAGCCGCAACGCGCCUCGCAGCCCCUGCGCGCUGGCGGGAGCCUCCCGAAAGCUGGAGCAGUACACGCACCCCGUCAGACUAUUUUGGCCCAAAUCAAGGUGCUACGAUUACUUAUAUCAGGAAGCUGAAGCACUUCUGAAAAACUUUCCAGUUCAAGCUACAAUUUCCUUUUAUGAAGAUUCAGAUAGUGAAGAUGAUGAAGAUGAACUGGAACAAGACUCAAGAACAGAAUCAGAUUGCUGAUUGCAGGAAAGGCCAAUGUGACUUCAAAGAUUUAAUUGAAACUUAAUAUAAAAAUGUAUUAUAGUAUUUUUAAAGAUAAUUUAUUUGUAUGUAAGUUAUUCUUAAUAAAAUUGAAAUGUUUUGUAAUUUUAUCUACCUGAGCCUUUUCCCUUUGUUCUGCUCCUGUUCUGUUUUGGGCAGGGAAGGUGUAUUUUUUAUCUAAGGUCCUAUAUUUUGUAGACCAAAACUCGGACAUCACUCGUAGGAGCAGAGAAUGGAUGCCUUGCUUUGAAAGGCUCAAUGGUUAUGUGAUUUCCUCAAAGUCUGAGGAUACAAGGAAUGUUUUUCCACUGUGAUUUAGGAGGCUCCAUGUGGAAACGUAUUAAAGGACCAUAUUAGAUUAAGUAUUCUAAUGUUGCGCCUGCUGUUACAACAGCGUUUCAGACAUAGAAAAGAGAAGCUAUUUUCCAGAUGGACACGAGGGUCCAAAUCCCACUCUAAUUACGAUGAUUCAAUUUAGUUUUUGCUCUUAAGGAAAGGGU